AUGUUGGACAAGAUGGUGAUUGGCCACCGUCCAAGCGGCACCACAACCAACAAACACGUGAGUUUUUCUAACGAAGAAGUUGUUCAUCAGAUGAUAAUUGUGCUUUGGUUAUUGAGGAAAAAAAUGUUUUCACUGAAGCAUCUUUUCAGGCAAGAUGGAUGAGAGGGUGAUCUCGGGUCACCUCCAAGUUCUUUGCCAGAAAAAAUCGUGAGAACACAAUCCAAUUUCGCUGUAAAUCCUUUCACAGCUCAAUAAUCCUGUUAAAAAUGGCUUUUUUUUCGAUUGCUGUUUAUACUCGUCGCUUCGAAUUCCUUCAACUUCACUUCCGUAAUUUUGUAUUUUGUGAAACGUUGUAUCUAUAAUAACUCAGAAUUUUGUACUUUAUCUUCAUUUCAUUCCUUUCUGUUUCAACAGAAUAAUAAAGUUUAGAAAUUUUUCUUGUUUUUUUCUCUAGAAAAAAAGUCUGUCGUUGUGGAUCAGAGAGAUAUUAUUUCAUAAUGAUUUCCGAACGAAGAAUUCGAACGUCAUAAAAAAACAGUCCAAUUUAUAUUUAGAUUGGUUCAGAUUGCGGAAACAUUACUGCGAAACCUCUAGAUUAGUCGUCAUGCGUCAAAAUCGACAUAGAUUCACCCGGCAGUUCAAAAAUAAAAAUAGUAAGGUCGAAAAAUGUUUUUUAUUGAUUCAACACCCAACCUUAAACUUAUCGAUUGAGAAGAGUUCUUGCACAUACAUUUUGCGAUGAGUCAACAGACAAUUUUGAAGUAUCUGAGUUCUUUUAUGUUCCGUUUUCCAUAAUUUGUAAUUUUCGAAUCAGUAGUUCUACUUCCUCAUUUUCAUCGGGACUGUUUUUGAAAUGAGAUGUUUUCUUGUAGAAAGCGCCUAUUCUGACGACAUUUGUGGAUGGAAACCACUCGGCGGCGGGAUUUCUGGCCGAGCUUCCGAUCACCAGCAGCGCCCAAUAUUCGCUACAUGGCUCAUUCUAGCGAUGUGAGUUUAAAAAUCUUCAAAUUAGCAGUGAAUGAACGAAUGAUCGACAAGUUUGCUUCCUCUUCAACGCUAAACCAUGUUUGCCAAGAGAACGUUGGUCAUUAGAAAAAAAUUAUUUCUAAUUUUCUGUAAAGAUUUUUGCAGCAGUGUUUUUACCCAGAAAAAGAUAAGUAUCGAGUUUUGUCUUCUACUCGAAAAGUGUAAAUCUUUUUGUUUAACCAGAUUGAAACGUGCGAGGACCUUUUAUUUUAAGAGAGUGAAAGCAGGAUAAAAGCUAGAUUUGCCUGAGAGAAAAGGGAUGUUCGGAGCUUGUCGACUUCUGAUGCGGUGAGAUUUCUGACGUUGGGGCGGAUCUUGUCCCCGGGCUCUUCGUCCGCCUCUCCUGUAAAUCCAGAUGUUAAUUUGGCCGAUAAGGUGUCUGACAAUAGGUCGUGUUAAUAGGCUCGACGCAGGAUUUUGUUUCCGAACUGCGCGAGCGAUCCGUCGUAUCUGUAAUUCUUUUUCGCUUCAAUUGAUUACUUAAUAGGCCCCGGGAUUCUCGUCUGGUGCGUCGAACACGCUCUGUACUUAUUGCUCAUUUUCAAGAUUUUUUCAUAUAUAUUUUUGAUACACACUCUAAUUUUUAAAAAGAAUGUUGCUUUUAUCAAAAAUACUUUCAAUUUACCGCAAAACUUCGCGAAUUUCUAUUUUUUUCGGAACUGCUAAAAAAUAACUAAAAAAAGAUGGACCUUUUUCUUCUUGAGAUUUCUUAGCACUCUCAUAUCCAGAUAGCGCAUAUAUAGUAUCAGAAUGCACACAUUUGGUUUUGAAAGAGCAGAGUUUACCUCGGUAUGCUUUUUAUUAAUUGACCAUUUGAAAACUCUAACUGAUUUUGAAUUGUUCGGUCACCUAUUUCCGUGCAUACGCCGAGUGACCAGUAGGAAAAGACUAACACUAGAAAUUUUUUUCUCGAAGUCUUUGAAUGAUUUAUAUAUGCCCAAAAAAUUGUUGAUUAUAGAGGUUCUGAAAUAGUAAAGUCGAAAAAUAGACCAUGCCCCUUUCAAUAAAUCGGGCCUUUUGGAAAUGCUAAUCACUGGACUCUUGAAUUUAUCUAGAAAAUAUCAACUUUUGCUUUUGAUAUUGCAUGCGUACUCUCUCGUCUGUCUGCUUGUCUGCGCACAUUCUCCCUCGCUCAAGCGACUUCUUCAUUCGCGAAGUCUGCGCUCGCAUGGAGCGGUUGCUCCUGAACUCGCUCUGGGUCACGGAGGGUCGCGAGAAAAGAAACGUUAUCAAAGUACGGAUAGUUCGAUGUAUAAAUGAAGAGAAGCUUCCAAGUUAGGACCGCUUGUGACUUCAAACUUCUGGUAUUUUUUCGAGGUUAUAAUUUAACCUCUAUUAAUUUAAAAAAACUUUUGUACAGUUUUUCCACUAAUUGCUCGGCGACGUGAGUUUUUCCUUCCAAACUGGAUUUUUCAGUUCUUUCAUUAUAAAAUGUAUUUGGCUUUUGAAAGACGAUAUUUCCGGUUUGAAAAAAAUAAUAAAAGUAAAUACUAUUUUUUUCAGUCAUCUUCGUGGGGAUGGUUAUCAACCGCCGAACAAGCGGCUCCUAAGCAAACAAGAAAGUGAGUUCCGCAAAAAGUUACGUUCAUUGCAUGAAAAACGAAAUGAGAACUUUCUAUUUAUAAAAAAAUGAGAGAAAAAACCUGAAAAUGGAAAAAAUGAAGUGGUGUUUUCAGAAAUGCUGGAUGAGAUGGUGAUGAGCCACCAACAGAGGUGCCAAGCAGAAAAAAUUGGUACAAGGAAGGCAAAGGCUCGCCGGGCUUCAGAAAUUGAACGGUGAGUUACAUUUCAAUCACUUCUCGACUUUACGAAAAAAAGAAUGACUAAUUCAAACCUAAUUAAUUGAAAUCAUAAGUUUUUUUCAGCCAUCUGAACAGUAGAGUGAUGUUCAGCAUCGGCAUGUGGACACAGAAACAAGAGGUUUUUGCUCCUUUCGCAGAAGGAUGGUUCACGCAGUUUCCUGGUCCCCCAGAAGGCAAGUUCAAUUUAUAUGGCAACAUACGUUACCAAUUCAUGUGAUUUUCAGUCAAGAAAACCUGUUUUUGAUCAUUGACAAUGACAAAUAUAGAUUUGAGAAAAAAAGUUGCGUUAUUCCAUUUUUUUAAUGUGAAUUUCUGUUUUUUUGUCAGUAAAUCAUUUUUUUCGGAAAAAGUUUGUGCGAAAGUUGAAACAUUUAAGACCUAGAUUUCUAAAACUUUCAUUAAGAAGUUAAAUUUUUGUCCCAAAACGGGUAUGGACUGAAAAGUUACAGAAAAAAAUUAAAUAAAAAAAAGUGAGUAUAUAUUUUUCAGGGAUUUUCGCUGGGCUGGCACUCAACCGCCAGUCAAAAAGAAGAAGGCGAGAAUCGCCGUACUGAUUUGCGGCUAUGGGCAGUAAGUUCCUGUGAGUUUUUUUCAGUCAGAAAAAUUGAUUCAUUCAUCAUUUUGAUCUUUCUUAUUGCGAAAAAUUAAUUUUUUUCAACUCGACAAUUUUUUUCAGUCAUUGUGGUGGGGAUGGUGAUCGGAUAUCAUCGAGUGGCCAUAGGGUCCUCACUAUUUUGUCCUUCCGGCACAUCAACAACAACAGAUGCGGUUCGGACAAGUUCCUGUAAGUUUUUUUUUUGUCAAAAAAUUGAAAAAAUUAGCACAAUAGAAUUUUUAAAAAAACUAGAAACACACGGAGUAAUGUGAAAUAAAAAAUUGAUUUUUCGAAAUAUUACUUUCCUGGAUUUUGGACUCUCAAUUUCAAAUAUUGAAUACUAAGCUUAUUUUUCUGGACCGUAUAUCUUUUGCUUUCGUGAAAAUUUCUCUCUAAUUUUGCUCAUUUUUGUUUUCAAAGUUUUUUUAAUUUGGAUUCCUGGGAUUCCCUGAUUUAAUACGUUUCUCACGUGGAGCAAUGAUAUAUUUUUCGAAGGUCGCGCUUAUUUCAACUCUAUUCAUCGGCGAGAAGCAGAAGUCUCUGAAUUUUUGGCGGAAAUCCCAACGUGGAUGGGUGACGCCAAACAUCUUCAACAAGGUGAGCUUUUGAACAUUUUGAUAGCAGUGAGAUAAACAGGAAACAUUUUAGUCUUGAAUAUUUUUUUUUCAAAUUUUAGUUUUUCUACAUCAAUGAAAUAGCGAUUUAUUUAAGUUUUUCAGGCAGAAUUUUUAUUCAAAACUGACUGAUUCAAUUUCAGCGAUGUUGGUCGGGGUGGUAAUCGACCACUGAUCGAUCUCCUGUUCUAAUGCGGCGAUUACCAGGUACUUUCUUUUUAAUUUCGGUUUUCGGGCUAUUCAAAAAUAAAAAUAAAAAAACAAGAUGAGAAUUUUUUUCAGUCAUUCUGGUGGAGUUGGUGAUCGGACACCAUCGGUUGGCUAUACGGCCUACAGAAAAGUGAGUUUUACUGGAAAAAAAAUAUUCUAAUUGGUAUAGGAAAAAGAAAUGAAGAGAUUUUUUUGUGUUUGACUGUCGUUGUUUCCGACCGUUUUUCUUUCUGUGUGUGGUCGGAAUGGCGGUAUACUCUUUAUAAAGGAUUUUUGAAAGUGCUCCAUCACAAAAAAACACUAAAUCGGAUUGGAUAAAAAAAUUGGCGAUCCUCGGAAAUCAAAGGAAAAAAAUACCCUUCCGGCUGCUACUCGAACUUUUUUUGCGGUACUGUAUAAAUAAAACAUAUAAAAAGUUUUAUUUCUAAUAAAAAUUGUUUUAUUGCACGUUUUUAGUAAAACUUUAUUUUGUUGACAAACUAAAAACCCGCCGAACACUCUGUAUGAAACAAUACUUUCGAUGAGUGCGGGUUCCAAUUUCUCUCCACAUUUUCUCGGCAUUCUACGUAGUAAAUAAAAUUUUUUCGUGUCCAACGGCUCGGACGCCUCCAACAUCUCUAACGACUCCGAUGUCUGCGAUGUCUCCAACGACUUCAACGGCUCCAACGACUCUACCGGUGAAAGCGGCUCGAACGCCUCUACCGGUAAAAACGGCUCGGACGCCUCCAACAUCUCUAACGGCUCCGAUGUCUCCAACGACUCUACCGGUAUAAACGGCUUCGACGACUCCAACAGCUCCAAGGUAUCCGACGGCUCCAACUUGUCGCUUACUUUAUUACUUUCAAUUGCCAGUGAAUAAACUAUAAUAAUAAUAAUUAUUAUUAUUAUUAACGUUUGGGAGGGUUCCAAUGGCUCCGCUGGCUGAGAAACCGACGGGGGUUUUCUGCUUAUUCCGUUAUUUUUAAACGAGUAACUUCUUAAAUUUUCCAGCUCCAAACUUUAUUUUCGAAAACUUUUCCUUCCUAGAGCCUUAUUUGGACUAUAAACCUGGCGCAACUUUUUUCGUCGACCAGUUAUAACUUUGAAAAACCUUGCUGGUUGCUCGUCCAAUUUAUAUAGAGACAUUUAAAAAAAGCAUAAUUGGAAGAAUCAGAGGGAGUGUACACACGUACAUGAUUGAAAUAAAAAAAAACAUCAAAUUCAUAUAUAUGAAUCCGAAUUCUGCAACUUAUUUUCAAAAAUGAGUUCUUGACUACGUUCGAAUUACACCAAUAUCAAAAAAUUAUUGAUUGAAAAAUAAAAAUAAAAUUACCUGCUACUGUAUUUUACUUCCAACUUUUUUACGUUGACGUUCGAAAUUCUUGGCGUCCGUGACAGACUAUCAAAAAACUAUUCACUUUUUUCAGAAUUGGUUCGAAAAUGGCGCCAGAGGUCAAACGUUCCGUGCAAACAUCGUCGUUCACCGAAAUGGUACGAAAAUUAAAUAAUUGAAAGUUCAUCCACUGCUUUCUAAGUUAUUUGGAAACGUGAAAAAUGAAAAAGAAAACCCAACUCAGAUUUUGCCCCUUCCGAACUUUUGGAUGCCAACGAUCGCAAGUAGUUGUCGGUCUGGGGCGCCUUAUUUCGACUUAUGCGAGAUUAUCUUUCUCAAAGUUGGAGAGAACUAAAAUUGAUAGAUUAUUUAAAAGAAGAAAAAAACUUCAAUAACGAUUUUUGAAAUUGGUACCUGUUGAAAUUUCGAAAAUCCAUUUCCGUGCACUACUUUGAUUAAAAAUUGAAAAACUGCGGGGAAAACCCAAAUCCUUUUGUUUCGUGGCUCCCCCACGAUGGCGACUGGGUUAAUUUUACAAUGAAGAUAAUUUUUGCAGUUAUGUUGGCUGGGGUGGUGAUGACCACCGUCUGAAAGGACAAACGGAUGAUUUCCAACAUAAGGGUUAGCAGGCCCUCGGCUCUCCGUCCAAAAAAAUUGCUGUGAAUCAUUUGACAGCUCGAUAUUCCUGUUAGAAAUUGUUUAUAAAGUUUUUUCUCAAACAUCUCAUUUUUUUGUCAGUUUUUCAUUGCAAUUCGCCAAGUUAAUCCUGUAUUUCUUUGUAAGUCUGUGAAACGCUAUAAUUGUAAUGACGCACUGUUCUUGUGUUUUUGCGAAAUGAAAAAAAGUUUGAAAUAUUUUCGGUAAAAAAAUCUGUCAUUGUGGAUCAGAGAGAAUAUUUCAAUGCGACUUUCAAAUAAGAAUUUUUCAUGUCAUGAAAAAAAUACUAGUUCAAAUUUUUAAAAAAAUUUCAGAUUGCAGGAACUUCGCCGCACAACUUCAAGAUUUUUUUCUUCAAGCGUCAAAAUCGACUUGGAUCCAUUCGGCAAAUUUUUCCGAAUCAACAGUAACUUUGACAUUUCUUUCUACACGUAUUUUUUUGGUUUUUUUCGGGCUAUUCAAAAAAAUAAAAUAAAAAAACAAGACGAGAAUUUUUUUCAGUCAUUCUGAUGGAGUUGGUGAUCGGACACCAUCAGUUGGCCAUAUGGCUUACAGAAAAGUGAGUUUUACUGGAAAAAAAUAUUCUAAUUUGUAUAGGAAAAAGAAAAAAAGAGAUUUUUUUGUGUUUGACUGUCUGCGAUGUCUCCAACGACUUUACCGGUAAAAAAACGGCUCCGACGACUCCAACAGCUCCAAGGUAUCCGACGGCUCCAACGGCUCCAACUUGUCACUUACUUUAUUAUUUUCAAUUGGCAGUGAUUAACCUAUAAUAAUAAUAAUAAUUAUUAUUAUUAACGUUUCGGACGGUUCCAAUGGCUACGCUGGCUGAGAAACCGACGGGGGGUUUUUCUGCUCUUUCCGUUAUUUUUUUAAACGAGUAAUGUUCAUCAUUUUUAGGAGAAUGAAACCUGAAAAAAACAACAAAUAUUUCCAUUUUAAAUUUUGAGAAAAAAACGUAGAAAUUUAAAAAAACUGUGUUUCCAGAAAUUCUGGAUGGGAUGGUUAUCAAAAAAACACAUUUUUUUCAUUUAGGAAUGAUCCUGUUUUUUUCAGUUAUCUUGGACGGGAUGGUAAUGCUCGCGUGAUCUCCGACUUCUUCGUGAGGAAUCGCAGCACCGAAAUCAGACAAAACGGUGAGUUUUACAGAAAUAAUUAUUCUUUCUCACAAUCUUGAAAAUUAUUUUAUUUUUUUCAUUGCUUCGAAAUAAUUCCUCUUCUUUCAGAAAAAUGAAGACUGGAACCGCAGUGCUGGGUUGCGGACACGGGCAUUUUGUCGUGAAGGAGCGCGCUUAUCUUCUUAUUGGCUGUGGAGACUUUCAGGUUUUUUCUUUUAAUUUGGAUUUUACACCUUCAAAAUAGCGUUUUAUUGAGAUUUUCGGACAAGAAUUUGAAAGGAAAGGAUGAAUGUGCGCACUUUCUUUUCACCAAGAUCGAAAAAAAUAAAUGAAAAUAAAAAAAUAAAAAAAUGCAAAAAUGCAUUAAUUUUUUUGAUUUCUCAUACUUCGAAAAUAAUUUUUUUCAACUCAAGAGUUUUUUUCAGCCAUCUUGGUUGGGAUGGUGAUGGGACACCAUCUAGUGGCCGUAGGGCCACUACCAUUUUGUCCUUCCGGCACAACAACAACAACAGAUGCAUUUCGGACAACCCCCUGUAAGUUUUUUUUUCCGUCAGAAAAUUGAUUCAUUCAUCAUUUUGAUUUUUUUUUUGCGAAAAUUAUUUUUUUAUAAUGACGUUCAUCAAAAAGAGAAAACAAAGUGAGAACUUGCCAUCCUUAAAAUUGAGAGAAAAAGCCUGAACAUGGAACAAAUUAAUUGGUAUUUUUAGAAAUGCUGGAUGGGACGGUGAUGAGCCACCAACAAAGGUGUCAAGCGGAAUCAUUUGGGGCGAAGAGAGCAAAGGCUCUCCGGGGCGUCAAAAGCGGAACCGUAAGUUACUUUUAAUUGAAAACAAUAUUUUAUCCUAUUCCUGCUUUUCGACUUCACGAGAAGAACAGGACUAACUCAUAUCUGAUUAUUUAAAAUCGAACAUUUUUCUUUCAGCCAUUUCGAACGGGAUGGUGAUGUGAGGAAACAAAACCAAGAGGUUUUUGUUCCUUUCGCAGAAGGAUUGUUCACGCAUUUGCCUGACGUCUCAGAAGGUAAGUUAAUUUUUACAUGACAACAUACGUUGCAAAUUCAUGUGAUUUUUCAAUCAAGAAAAACCUAUUUUUGAUCAUUUACAAUGACAAAUAUAGAUUUGGGAAAAAAAGAAAGUUGUGUUAUUCCAUUUCUUUAAAUGUGAAUUUUUAAUUUUUUCUUGUCAUGAAUCAUUUUUUUCGGAAAAGUUCUUGCGAAAGUUGAAUCAUUUAAGAACUAAACUUCUAAAACUUUCAUUGAGAAGUUCAAUUUUUGUCCCAAUACGGGUUUGGACUGAAAAAGUUACAAAAAAAUUGAAUAAUAAAGUGAGUAUAUAUUUUUCAGGGAUUUUCGCUGGCUGGCACUCAAUCGCCAGUCAAAAGAAGAAGGCAAUAAUCGCCGUGAUGGGUUGCGGCCAUGGGCAGUGAAGCAUCCUUAAUUCUGGCCGAAAAUCCAAACGGAGGACUCGUUGCGCCGAACAACUUCUCCGUCAUCUUGGACGGGAUCGUGAUCCGAUCAAUGCUCGCGUGAGCCUCGUCUUUUCCGUAAGGAGCCGCAGCUCCGGAAUCAACCGGUGAGUUUCACAAAAAUCAUGUUUUUCAAUGCAAAAAGUAAGAAAAACCCGUUUUCAAAAUGAUUAUCUCGAGAAGAAAUCUACGAAAAUAUUUUUUUGAAUUGAAAUCAUCGAAAAAGCUUGUGCGAAAGUUGAAACAUUUCACAAAACGACAAUUUCUGGUUUUUAGGGUUUCCUUUAUUAAUAGUAUCAUCAUUACAGUGCGGCCACUGCAGGAACCUCGGGAUGCCUGACUGGAAGACGCACAACCGGUUCCACUGCAAGAGGCUGCAGGACCUGGCCCCCUGCAAAACUGGCGGGGCCAGCAAUCAAAACAAUCACACGGCGUCGUGAGUUUUCCAGUGCAUUGGAUGUAUUAAUGUUUUGCGGCGACUAUCAUAUCAUUCAUUUUAAUUCCAGUUUUUUAGAUCAAAGAAAUAACGAUACAUUUAAGUUUUCAGGCAGAAAUUUAUUCAAAACUCACUGAUUUGUUUUCAGCGAUGUUGGUCGGGAUGGUGAUCGACCACCGAUCGAUCUCCUUGUCUGUUGCGGGGACUUCCAGGUACUUUCUUUUUAAUUUUGGUUUUUUUCAGGCUAUUCAAAAAUACAUAAACAAAAAACAAGAUAAACAAACUUUUUUUCAGUCAUUCUGGUGGAGAUGGUAAUUGGAAACCAUCGAUUGGUCAUAUGGCCUACAGAUCAGCAUCAGUAAAGGUUUGUGAUUUCUUGAAAGUUCUCUGCAAGAAUUAAAGCUUUCUCAUGAAGUAAGAACACUUUACUUAUUUGGAAUCAUAAAAUUUAUGAACUAGACUCCUAAAAUUUUUAUCAGGGAGUUCAUUUUCGUUACACUCCGAAAAUGAAAGAAAAAAUGAGCAGAGGGGAAUUUUUUGCAGAGAUGUUCGUUGGAUGUUUCAAAAUCAUUCUUCCUCUUUCAGUAA